UGACAUAACCUGGUACUUAAGGUAGAAACCCUAGGUACCAAGAGAUGUAAUAGAUUAAUUCUACAAGGAUUUAAACAGGUUAUUGGAUUACAAAACUUUAUUCUUCAAAGAUGAUGAUGACUAGACUGAGAAAGAAGAAACUAGUUGAAACUGAGGGUGUGGAACCAGCAACCAAAGUACAGAAAACAGAUGCAGAAAAAUCAGAUGUCCAUGACAGUAGUAGCCAUGACAACAUGAUUCAUGACACCACAACAGAUAACCAUGACAACACAGAACCACAGAAAAAUGUAACUACAGAAGUUGUUUCGACACCAGAAGUAAAAUCCCCUUCUAAAGAAGACAUCACUCCACCAGUAUCCACAAAAAGUGACAUUCCAACCAUAAUGGCUGACAAGAAAUGUACAGAUGAUGAGAAGUUACGAGAAUACCUUAGUCAGACAAAUACCGUAGUGAUCUACCCAGAACCAGUCAGUGAAGGGGAAGAUGGUGACAAUGAUGAUGAUGAUGAAGACAAAGCCAACACAUCACAAGAACUUGAAAACUGCUUCAGCAUAGAUGAAGAUAUUGUCCUGAAUUGUGCCCAUUGUGAUUUGACAUUCAGCAGAUUCAACAUUCUAAGAGACCACAUGAGGGAGGUUCAUCCAGAUCUACCCAUUAAGUACCUCUGUCCAAAGUGUGAUGAAGCAUUCCUACUAAAGUCUCAUCUUGAUAAACACCUAGCCAUGCAUUCCCCAACAUCACAAUCCUGUAACAUCUGCAACAAGACUUUUGCCAAUGUAUAUCGUCUUCAACGUCACAUGAUUAGCCAUGACCAGAGUACCGAUCUGCGUAAGUUUAAGUGUCCAGAGUGUGGGAAAGCCUUCAAGUUUAAACAUCACCUAAAGGAGCAUAUCCGUAUUCACAGUGGGGAAAAGCCAUUCCAGUGUCCAAAUUGUUCCAAGAGGUUCAGCCAUUCCGGGUCCUACAGCAGCCACAUGACGUCCAAAAAGUGUUGGGUAAUGAAUCAGAACAGAGCUUGUCCACCAACUGUUGAGUCAACCAGUUCUACCAUUAGACCAGGGAUCAGCACCACUAUGCACUCUUAUCCACAUCCAAUGAUGCAUUUUGAGCAAAUGAAGCCAGGUAUUCCUGCCUACUACUCGCCAGCUGGAGCCAGAUUUCUGCCAAUGUACCACCAUGCCAUCAGACCUGUCAUGACAUCACUGCUUCCUCAUACAUUAUCCAUUCAACAUUCCACACCACAUCCAUCCAGUAUGGUAAUGGCCACCAAGCAGAUCUCUCCAGAUGUCAAUUCCAACACUAAAGUUGUCACUAUAGAUGCUAAUGUCACUAAAGAAGAACCAGUCUUUGAUAAGAAGGAAACCAGUUCAAUACUAACAUCAGGACCACAAACAACUGUAGAAACUUACAAGUGUAAAUUUUGCUGUGAGAUAUUUGCCAGUGCAGUUGACUGUCACCAACAUGAGAGGUACAUCUGUAAGAAAGAUGAGCAUAACACCAGUAGUAAUGCCAGUAGUGAUGAAAGUAAGACCAACCAGUCAACAUCAUCAGAAGUUAUUACCAGUGAUGAAAAGUCAUCAGAGACAUUGUCCUGCAGAUUUUGUGAUGAAGUCUUCAACAGUCCAGUAAGCCUCCAUCAACAUGAACGCUACAUUUGUAAACUCAACAAAGACCUUCAUCGAAUGAGUGAUGGUAGUCCACGUAACUCUCCAAGUAGCAGUAUGUCUGACCAUAGUCACAUUCUCUCCAUAGCAAGCGCCAGUCCAGAGACUGAAUCAGAAGAUCAAGAUGACAAAGAUGACAAUGCCUUGAAUGACAGCAAGAAGUUUCGUAUGAGGUCCCUGAUCAGUGACGAGCAGUUACAUGUCUUGAAGUCCUUCUACAGCAUCAACCCACGUCCUCGCAAGUAUGAACUGAUUCGCAUUGGUAAUGAAAUUGGUUUCCCCAAGAGAGUGGUUCAAGUUUGGUUCCAGAACAUGAGAGCUAGAGAUCGCAGACGUGGGAAAGAGGUUCCAUACUUUCCAUCCAUGGCCAGGUUUAAGCGUGACAGUCCUUCUCACUCCAUCAGUGAUUCUAGAUCAUCUACUCCCGCAAUCCUUCCUGUAGCAGCUCAUGGAGGCAGCAAGAAGAUCAGCAAUACAGCUACUACAAUUGAACAACCAUUAGACCUGAGUACCAGGCCAGCACCAGCUCACAGUAACAGAAGUAGUCCAGCAUCUUGUAUUACUCCACCUACCAGUAGUCAUGAAGUCCUUAAUCUUAGUGUCAAACCAGAAGUCCAGCCUAGCAUUUCAUCAAAACCUGAUAUGGAAUAUGCCAAGAAACUCUUAAGUGACAGUCUGAAAGACAGUAUGUUCAUGAAGACACCAACACACAAGUAUCCAAUGGAUGGGAAGCUACAAAGCAGUGCAAUCUACAAGUACAUGCAACAAGAAGGUCUGUUUCCUGGUUACUUCGUGGGAAACCCAACCAUCACAACAACACCAAGUAUGAUCCAGCAAGCUCCAGUACACACCAGGAUUAUCCCAACCUGUGAGCCAGCCAUCAUCACUUCCAGUCAUCCAAUGUACCACCACCAUCACUACAGCCGACCAGACACCAACAACAUUACCAUCUCACUUCAGCAGAAGGUCCACCUUGCCAUCAACAAAAUCCACCAGGCCCGUAACACUCCAAAGCAUGACGAUGAUGAUAGCCAAAGUGACAGCAGCUCUAGUAGUGAUAGUUACCACGACAGAUCUCAGUAUAAUGGUGUCCACUUUGAUGCUGCCAUGGAACAUGCCACCCACAACCUAGCCACCCUUGCUGAAGUUAGCCUAGCAGACCGAGCCAACCUUACUGUCGACAGCGAGAUCAAGCUGAAGCGUAUGAGGAAGAAGUCAUGGAGACAGGUAGAGAGAGACUAUUUGGAAUCUGAAGAGAUUCAGUUAGACCUUGAUGAUGCCAUGUUAGAUGAAGACCAUCCAUACCGUAAGAAACGUCGUUCCUGGAAGAACCACCGUAUGGAAGCUGAUGAUGGGUUGUAUGGCUGUGACCAAUGUAAGAAGAUGUUUAGCAAGCAGAGUUCAUUGGCCCGUCAUAAAUAUGAGCAUUCAGGUGCCAGACCAUUCAACUGUGAGAUCUGCCAUAAAGCAUUCAAACACAAGCACCACCUUACUGAGCACCGGCGUCUACAUAGCGGUGAGAAACCUUUCCAGUGUAAGAAAUGUGGCAAGCGCUUCAGUCAUUCUGGUUCAUACAGUCAACACAUGAACCAUCGAUACAAGUACUGUAAACCAACACGGGAGGAAUUUAAUUGUAGCAUUUAGUUGUCAUAGUGAGAAUAGUCCAAUAUUGACAAGUGCAAUAAUUUUUAAUAUGAACAAUAUUUUGUGCAUUAGCUAAUCUAUUCAUAAGUUAGUGGGUUAAUAUCCAAAACUUAAGAAAGGAAUAGACAUUCAUGUCUGCCAUGAAUUCAGAAUAUUUCUGUUGUUAUUAUACUAUUAGUGCUUAUUGUUAAGAAUAGAUGUUUAAUGAUUUAAAAUGGCAGACAUAUUUAUAGUCCAGUUUUACAAUAUAAUACUGGAAGGUGUUCAUGUCACUGAAGGACACGCGUCUUCUCAGGAAGACAUUAAGUUGUUGACAUAAUUUCACUUGUUAAUGAACUCAAUGAUAAUUGUUAAUGAUUCCAUUCCAAGCUCCUUCACCAUGUCUCAACAGUUUUUAAUCAAAGGGAGAUAAUAUUGUUAUUUUUAAAAUUUGAAAAGUGUGUAUAUUUUUGCUGAAGUAAGUUGUAAAUAUUCGUUUUUCUUCCAAGAAACCAUGACAUCAUUUCAUGUUAAAACUAUGGGACCAUUUUCAUAAACACAUUAAGGAAGAAAUGUACAUUUUUGCAUGAAUUUGUUGGCACAGCAACUUUGUUGCACACCCAAUCAGUAUACCUGAGAAUUAAUACUCAAUAAAUUGUUAGAAUGGCAAAUUUAAUAUGCUUUUGAUGUAUGUUACAUUACAAAUAUUUACUUGAAGGUAGAUUUGCAUGUUUUUGAGAAUUGUAUUAUCUGUAGUAAAGUGUGAAGUUUAUUUAGUGCUUACAAUCCUAAUGCUAUGUUAUUUAUUAGUUACUUAACCAAAGAAAUAUUGUAGUAUAACCAAUAACUAAAUUAUUUCUAUUUAUAAUGCAUGCAUAAUAUUAAACUGUAUUUAUUUGUGCCAAACAUAAAAAGAAUGAAGUUAAGAAUCAAAUUGUCUGCCCAACCUCUCUACAAAUAAUAAGAAUAUGAAGUUAAGAAUCAAAUUGUCUGCCCAACCUCUCUACAAAUAAUAAGAAUAUGAAGUUAAGAAUCAAAUUGUCUGCCCAACCUCUCUACAAAUAAUGAGAAUAAACAGUAUUAAAGUCUUAUGGUGCCAAAUAAGUUUUUAUGUUCAUUAAAGUAUCAUAUUUGUAUUAAAAAUCUUUAGAUUUACUUCAUAAUAGGUUUGUAAAAACCUUCUUAUUAGGACAAGACUACAAGUUCUGUGCCAAAUACAGUUGACCACAAUAAAACCAUUUUGUUUACUUUUUUAAUCCAAUUUCUUGUUAACUAAAUACUCAGUUAUAACAAACAUUUUUUCAGUAUUCAAUUGUUAAAUAUAUUGUGCCAAAUAUAGUAAAUUCUCAAAUUAUAGAUUAGAAGCUUUACUUGAAAAAUCUCAUACCAGAUGUAUAUCUAUGUAUCAUGGAUUUUUUUAUACAUAACACUGCCAAUGAAUUGUAAAUUUUUGUUAUGGAUGUAGGUUUUGUUGAACAAGGAAAUACUGUUAACUGUUGUAUAAAUCAAAUUAACUUUUUUACAGCUGAAAAAGUCCCAGAGUGAGAAAAUGCAGAAAUACAUCUUUUCUAUUCAGCAUUUCAAUAUUCAAGAAAAAGUUUCAUUGAAAAAAUUGCAAAUUUAUUAUGUAAAAAUCAGUUAUAUAAAGUUAUACAGUCAUAUUUUUGACAGCCUAUGUCAAAUAAUGUUUUAAAUAUGAAAGGAUGUAUUUCUGACCUGUUAAUGACUGGUGAGAGUUUACAAAUCAGUUGUGAUGGGACUUUUUUACUGUUUGAUGAUUCCUCUUGUGCCAAAAUCUUGUCAGGGCAAAUCCCAGAUAAGCUAUGGUGAAUUCUGGUGUGCCAAAACCUGUCCUGUCCUGUCCUGUCUUUGUCUUUGUUGUUUGUUUCAGGUUUAUUUCCGUUAUUAGAUUGUGAGUUGACUAAGUUGUUAAUGGAAGUUUAAGUUGACCUGAUAACCUAUGAUGUGAAAGUUGUAUGGUGUGUAUAUGCAGUAAAUAAGUUUUAGCUUUGGUUUGAUAGACUUGGUUUGAUUUGUUAUUAAGCUUUGGUUUCAUAGACUUGGUUUGAUUUGUUAUUAAGCUUUGGUUUGAUAGACUUAAUUUAAUUUGUUAAUAAUUUAGUUCUUGUCUUGGUGCUUGUUCAUCUAGUCAAAACUGGCAGAGCAAAGGUCAAAAUGUGCAAUCUGUGUUGUAAAUUAUUGUUUAUAUAUAUAUAUAUACAUAUAUUUGUGUGUUCCUUAAUGUAUAAUUGUGUGUGUAUGUGUGUGUGUUAUGGGAUAAAUUCAGUGUAUUAAUGGUGAAUGUGUGAAAUGUAUGACCUUAUGUGAAAAAGGAUGAGUGCUUUAAGUUUUCCAUGGCUACUUUUUGGUUACCAUGGUAACUUGACAUCUAACCUAGAUCAGUAUUAUAAUUCAUUGUCUUCCUGUUUUGUUAUUGUUGUUAGUUGUCCCUGUCUGCCAAACUUUUUUAAGCCAUCACAGAAUUCCAAGUUUGUUAUGUUUGACAUUCACAAUGUGUUCCAAUCUUACUGAACCAAACAGUCUCUGAACUGUUUUAAAAUGUGCCAAGGUUCCAUGUAUUAUUCAGCAUUUGUGCCAACAAUUGGUUAUUAAACAGUAUUAUUUUUUUUUUUUUUUUUUUAAAUCAUCCUUCGAUCUUGUCUUAUAUAUAUUUAAAUACUCAUUCCAUGUUCGUAUGAUGAUUUGGCUAAAUCAAACUUUAAUUUUUAAUUUAAAUCUUAGGAAAGAUGUCAUAAGAUUACACAAGUUUUUAGGCAUGAAUUGCAUUUCCUGGUGCCAAUUUUAUUGAUGCAGUAUUAUUUCCAUGAUUUUCUGUUUAUAUUGUCUGUCUAGUGCCAAUUUCAAAAUAUAUUUGUGUAAAUAUCCACCAAGUAUUAGAUAUUUUGAUGACCAGUAUUCUUCCAAUGAUAUGUUCUUUAUUUUGUGCCAAGUUUCUGCUACUUUUCAGUAUUUGCCGCCAUCUCAGUAUUGCCACAAUGAUAUUAUUAUAAAUGUGUGUGUGUUGUUCUAUUUGUUGUACAUUUUGUAACUUCUUGUCACAUAUUAGAAGCAUUUAUAGUAGCUUUCGGACAUUUCCUUGUUCAACUAAGCCUAUCUCAUAUUGUAAUAUGUUUAAAUUGUAAACAGUACAGUUAUCUUGUGAGGGAGUUGAAAGGGCAAUAACCCUUUGCAGGGAGGAUGACAAAUCUCUGUUGUAGGAAAGGGAGCUAACUCUCUGCAAGGAGGAUGAACAAUCUCUAGUCAAUUGUAAAUAAAAGUCUCCUUAAUGUAGCCAUUUGUUUGUGUCUGCUUUAAAUGUUUAUACAUACUCAAAUAUUAUACAUAAAUCAGUCUAAUUUCACCAAAUCUUGUUAUUCACAAAUUUUAUUCCAGAAUCGCAUAAUUAGCUCAUCAUUUUGUUAUUAUUACUGUUAUUUAAGUUGUAACCUUCAUCUGUUUUCAUAUUAAAUAAAAUCAUUUUUUUUUUAUUUAUAACCAUAGAACAAAGUCUUUGUUUUAGUCCCACCAUACAUUUUAUCUGCUGAAAAGACAUUCCAGAAUGUCCUUGUUGUAUCUAUAGCUGUUUUACUAGUCCCAGAUUAAAUUGUACAAAUGUUUUUUUAUGUAAUAAGCUGUGCUGUAUCUUGCCAUGUAUAGAAUUUGACAGCUGUGUAAUUUAUUUGUUGUUCCUGCAGAAGUUUUUAGUACAUUUUUUUAUUUACAGAAAUGAAAGUUUUGAAAUUAGUUUUAAAGUAAUGAGGAAAAGUAUGUUGUAUUAUUUUGCAUUAAUUUCUUAUUCUAUGGAAAUUUCAUGCUAACAUUAUAUUUGCAACAGAUCUCACAAGUCUUGGGGAAAAUGCAAUAACAUAAGUUUCUUUCUAGUCCCAUAAAACAAGUUUUCAAUGCUACAUUAAGGGAGUUCCUUUUUAUUGCUUUUAAUUUGUUUUAAUUGAUUUAUCAAAUAACUUUUAUUUUACUUAAUAUUUUAUGGAUUUUUAUUGUAUAAGGACUCGAGGAGAAAUAUACCAGAUAAUUAUCGCCAUUUGUAACAUCUUUUUUAUUUUUUUUUUAGCUUAAUUCUUCAAAAUUUCUCGACAAUAAUUCUUCAGAUUUUAAAAAUUGAUAUAAAAAAGUAAUGAGUCUUAUGUAGGAAUUGACUUCAGGCUAAUGUUGGAAAUAUUAAUUUUUAAGGAAAAUGCUUUACACUGAAUUAUAUAGUUUGAAGUCAAUUCAUGUAGGAAAAUAUAACUUUGAUAUAGAUAUGAUUUGUGAAAUAAAUUAAAUUAUUGUCACUUUUUUGUGACUUAAGUGAAGAAGCAUAAUACCUGUACAAAAAUCAUAUGUAAUAUGUGUAGAAUUCUUUAUGUAGUGUUUCUUGCUCAAAUGUCUCUUCGAUUGUAUAGAUAUGUUUAAAUUGUAACAAUCAAAAUAGUAAUAAUUUGUUAAGUUGCUAUUAUGUAAAACUUGAUAUAAUGGUACUUUUCAUAAUAAUUAGAGUAGAGUUAAAAGUAUAGAGUAUCACAAGUAUUGUGAAUUUAAAUGGAAAAAGUUUCUCCUGAAAUGUAAACUGAAUUAUUUCACAAAUGAAUUAUUAUUCAAAAUUUACUUCUUUGAAAAGAAUAGUCUUUUUCCCAUAAAUCUUUUAAAAAAUCUUAUCCGUAUGUCCUGUAGAUUUUCCUACAAUAUUUGAUUUAUAUAUUAUUCAAACAGUUACUUUACUUUAAUACAUAUUACUUUUUAUCGAAAAUUUCUUAAUUCAAAAUAAUGAACUGUUUUAAAUAGAUUUUUUUACUGUUGUUAUUUAUAGCAGGAAACCACUACUUUUUCACCGGACAGGAAUUCAGAUUUUAGAAUAUGGGUUUUCAGAAACGGUCAAUGCUGACAGAGAUUUGUGUAUUUUUCUUCUAAUGUAUUGUUAAAAAAAAUAUAUUUUAAAAUAUUCAAACAAAAAUAAAAUGUAUAAGUGUAUUAUAUUCUAACUGGUUUCAGUAUUCUUUACAGCUGUAUGAAAAAUUCUUUUCCUCUAGCAGAUAGUUGAAAUUUGAUUGUUUAAAAUCUUUAAACUUUAAGAAGUCCAGUUAAUACAAUAUAGAUAAUACAAAUGUAACUACCUGUUUAAUGAAAACAUUCUUUUUAAUAAAAAAAUGAUGUAAA